AGAGAGGACAUGUUCGUUUUCAAUAUAUCUGGUCCCCAUUUGGAGAAAACGAAGCAACAAUAAUAGAUACUCUCUUCCUUUCUAUCAUUUUCUUCAUCUUUGUUUCAUCUUCUUCUUUUGGGCUAUUGGUCUUACAAGAAACAGAACACACAAAAAUGGCGUUCGCAGGAACAACCCAGAAAUGCAUGGCUUGUGACAAAACCGUGUACCUCGUCGACAAGUUAACCGCUGAUAACCGGGUCUACCACAAAGCUUGUUUCCGUUGUCACCAUUGCAAAGGAACUCUCAAGCUUAGCAAUUACAACUCAUUUGAAGGAGUUCUCUAUUGCAGACCACAUUUCGAUCAAAACUUCAAGAGAACUGGAAGUCUUGAGAAAAGCUUCGAAGGGACACCAAAGAUUGGGAAACCUGAUAGACCUUUGGAGGGAGAGAGACCUGCUGGGACCAAAGUGUCGAAUAUGUUUGGUGGAACUCGAGAGAAAUGCAUUGGCUGCGACAAAACUGUCUAUCCUAUUGAGAAGGUGUCGGUGAAUGGAACACUGUACCACAAGAGCUGUUUCAAGUGUACACACGGAGGCUGCACGAUAAGUCCUUCGAACUACAUAGCUCACGAGGGGAAGCUUUAUUGCAAGCAUCAUCAUAUUCAGCUUAUCAAGGAGAAAGGAAAUUUGAGCCAGCUCGAAGGAGGAGGAGACAAUGCCGCCGCCAAGGACAAAGACGUUGCUGCUUAAAAAAAGUUUCAAUCUCUCUGGAUGAUUUUGACCAUGGAAGAACCACCACUAUAGUGUCUCUCUCUACUUCUCGAUCCACAUAACAUAUACUAUUGGUUUUGUUUCUUCUCAAGUCUAUGUUCUUCUUUUUUGUUGUUGUUGUUGUCUUUCAUGUUGUUUCUUUUGGGAACUUAUGUUCACUCUUUGUUGGGUUUCUUGAGAUGAAACAAGAAAAUAGAGAAAUAAUGGAUGUUUGCUUAUGAUA